GCGGCGAGCUCGGCGGCGAUGGGGCCGCGAUGGGCGCUGCUGCCGGGGCUGAUCCCGGGGCUGAUCCCGGCAUUGAUCCCGGGGCUGAUCCCGGUCCUGAUCCCGGCAUUGAUCCCGGGGUUGAUCCGAGCCGCGGCCGGGCGGGAAUAUUCAUUGCCGUAUACACCACAGUCUGCACAAUGCAACGAUCCCAGCACUGAAUUCUAUGAUGAAGAACUGAAUAAAUGCUGCAGCCAAUGCCCUCCAGGUCAAUAUAGGACAGGGAGCUGCAGUCACACCGUGGACACCAAAUGCAGCCCCUGCAGACCCAAAACRUACACAGCGAUCUGGAAUCGCUCUCCACAGUGCUUUGCCUGCUCACCACCCUGCAGGAAAGGGCUUGUACAGAAUCAAACAUGCACGAGGUCCCAGGACAGGAUCUGUAGCUGCCCACCCCACAAGUACUGCGUUUCCAAACUGGACGAGUACUGCGAGGUGUGUAGAGCRCACAAAAAAUGCGGCAAAGGUUAUCGAGUUUCCAGAAGAGGGACAGACAGCACAGACACGGAAUGCAAACCUUGUCCUCCUGGCACAUUUUCCCCCGAGGAAUCCUACAACACCAGCUGCAUACCCCACACCAUCUGUAAAUCAGUGGCUGUUCCUGGGAGCAGCARGAAUGACACUGUUUGCAGUGACUCAGGAACAGCCACAGUUCUGCCUCACAACAUUUUGAACCWACUCCUGAACCAAAGCUCAGCUUCCCACAAACCUGAAAUAAUAACUCARCCUGUCAUAUUAAACUCUGUACCUGACCUGUCCCACAUCACUGGAGCAGUAGCAGGGCCAUUGUUAUUGGUCUUGAUAAUUGGUAUUUUGGGAUAUUGCUUAAUCUCCAAAAAGAAAGCCCUUGUCUACUCUGCACCAGCUACAGAAGGAGAUUUACCUUUUCCCCCUCCAAAAAAAUAGUGUGCCAAAAAAGUGAGAGAUACAGACUUGCAGAACUCCAGGAGUUCUGAACAGGAGCAUCUCUUGGAAACUUCUGGGUCCAGCAGUAGCAUCCUGAAUAAUCCAACUGGAUCUGCAAGCAUCAGUGUAAUAAGCCAAAGGAAUGAUGUAAAGAAAAAUCCAGAAGGAUUUCAGCAGCAACAUUYACCUCCAGAAGGUUCUAAACUCCACAGUGAAGACAGACACAGCUCUGCAAGUUCAGAACAUUCUGGUAGCGGAGGAACACAGGUGAAUGUGACGUGUAUUGUUAAAGUUUGUAGCCCAGACUGCAGCUCCCAGUGCCCUGAGCAAAACAGUUCAGCUAGCAGGGAUUAUGGAAAUACUCCCUCUUAUUUCCCCACAGGGGAAGAAACUCCCCUUUCAAAAGAAGAAAAUGCCUUGAAAARCGAAACUGAAAUUCAUAUUGCAGUGGAAAAUGAGGACAAUUUACUUCAAGACUUACUUCCAGAAGAAAAUAAGGUUCCUCUGGGUAUUCAAGAUGCUGGGAUGAAAACCAGUUAAAGGAAAUUACAGAUCAAUGCUGAUUGACUGAUAAAAUUAAUCGAACAAUGCUUGUUUYAUAAAACAAUCAYUAUGGUAAAUGUAGCUUUCUUAYAGAGAUUUGAAAUUUCAGAUGAAUAUGGACACUGAUGCUUUCAAAGUUUUAMGUCUCUUCAGUCACUUUGCAGUUUAAAAGAAAAAACAUUCAAAUUUUUUAAAACGGAAUGGCAAACUCUUCCUUUUCUUCUGUGAUACCCUAAAAAGACCUUUAAGAGACUUGAAAAAGAACUUUUUUUGAACUUUAUGCCAUUAAUUUUUCUCCUGAGACUUCUUGUGAUGAUUAUUUGGGUUUAGGUGUACCACGUGUCAAGAACAUCACUGUAACCAGCACUUCUAAGGGACUAGAGUUAAAUUAUCAUYCUUUCCAUGCUCAGGAAUCAUCCAUUUCAUGUGAAUUUUAAAGCUAUUGUAUCCAAUUUCCUAUUCCCUAYCUUCAUUGUCAUACUUUCCCUCAUCCUCCUGGAUAUUUCUUUUAUUAUUACAGUYUGUUUUCUCACAUGAUCAGACCAAAUUCCUGAAGUACAUAUGGGACAUCGGGAAGUGACAUCUUGUGCACAAGCUUUUUUUACAACUAAAAAGACAACUGCUAUGUUUAAACAAGAGCAUUUCAUUGCCUGUACAUAGUUCAGUUUGUUUUAGAAGAGAACCUAGACCGAACUGUUGCUAUCUUGGAGUAGGAAGUAAAUUCCUUUUGUUGACAACUCUAGAGUUUGACACCUCUGUGUCCUGGCUGAUGUAACAUUUUCCCAAUUGAUCUGACCUCAUUUUUGAGGUUAACCAUAAAUACAAAAUAUUCUCCCCGUGUUCAGUGACAAUUAGAGCAAAUCCCUGUGAUUAUCUUUGCCAGAUAGCUCACUGCUCUCAGGGCAAAGGUGCUCGACAUGGCAGAGCAUCAUCUGUAAUAAAUAAAAUUGACUCAAACCUCAGAACCUGAAAAUCCUGUUCUCCUUCACUGCUUGAUGACGCUGGAGCUCCAACCACAUCUUACAGAAAAUUAGUGGAGGUUGUCCUUGAAUGAAGUGGAAGCCAAUAUUGAAUUUUGGAAGCCAAUAUUUAGGAACCCACUUCCCAUCAUUGUAUUUUACUUCUGUGACUUAACUGACAAUUGUGGUGGCUGUGUUCAACCAGACUCUGCAAUCCAGAGUCUGAAUCCCAUGGAAGUGAAGUCAUGCAGUGACACAUAACUCUUGUCUUACAACAUAAAACCACUGCUGGACUAGAUGAUCACUGCACUUCCCUUCCCACUGACCUGUCCUCAUCUACCUCAAGAYAGACACAGUGCUUAUUUCUGAGGCCUGAGAUGUAAAACAAUCUUUUGGAAUAACAUUUAUUCUAUUGCCACAGAAGAGUAUUCAGAUUAUGAAAAUACAAAUGUUAAGCUUAUUGCUUAAUUGCUGAUAUUAUUUCUGGAACGAAGAAUUGACAAACAGGUCUGUAGUUCUACCAUGAAGAAAUUUUUACAAAUGCAUAUUAAACUAACACUUGAAGGUAGUUUUCAGAAAAGACUUUGAAAGUGGGCAUAUUGAAACAACUAUAGAACUGAAUGAUUUGGACAAGAACCUUAUUUUCACAGCACUUUGAACUUCUAGCACUGUAAUAUUUUUGUCUACCAAUUCUUUCUGUGUCACCUUCCACAACUGGGGCCAUACUGAAGCAGCAAGGGAAGAUUCUUGACGACGUUUAAAAACAUUAAAAAUGAGGAUCCUGUUACAGUAAUUUACUGAAUUUUCAAAUUAAGGAGUUGUCAUAGGGGGAAAUUCCAAGUUUUUUUAUACUUAAGUAGGAAAAACGA